UUUAUUGACUAAGUUAACUAAACCCAUUAAGCUACUCAAAAGAAUAUCACCAACACCAAAGAAAGUUGCAAUUUUUUUGUCACCAUUUACCUAUCGAAAAUCAACCUUCAUCUUUUUAAACAAAAAUAUAAGAUGCUAAACUAUUUCUUUGUCGGCCAAAUAUUUCAUUAGAAUAUAUUUUACAUAUCAGUCCACUUUCUUACAUACUUUCCAUUAUGUAGCAUACAGUUGGUAGCAUAGCAUAUUUUGUAAUUUUAUCCACAUCAAAAAGUUUGUUGCGAGGUAGAUGAACAAAAUUAUAUUUAUCAGUAGAUGAUAGUGAAAGGAUAUCUUUGAGAUAGAUAUAUAUCGAUGCAUCAGACAGUGUUCAUGAUUGAGCUUGAUAAAUGAUCAUAUAGGCCUUUUAGUAUUACCUUUAAAAGUGACUUUUGUAUAUCUGAGUUUUCUCAUCUCCACCUCAGCCAUCGCCCAUCGACAAUGCUACUGCCUCAGCUUGCUAAUCUGUUUAAGUUCGUGUUAGCUAUACUGAGUUGAAGAGUCAGUUUUAUUUAUUUAAACCAACGUUUCUUAUAAAAAUCAAGACAAAAAACAUUAUCUCAAGAUACACAGUUUUAUCUAAAACAUCCACAUAUCAUUCAUCAAAUAUGUGCUAUAGACGACAAGUAGAAAAUGACAUGAAACGACUUUUUCAACCGUUGCGUAUGUGUGACUUGAAAAGAAAAAUUGUUGUACCUCGAAGAUAUUCGAAAAAGGAAAAGUCACCACUCAACUCACGUUCAGAAAUUAAAGCAUCGACAACAAACAAUUUAUAAGAGAACUAAUAUCAAACAAUGCAUAUAAUAUGGCAAACAAUAAUGAUAACAUUUUGACACACGUCACACACUUCGACACAUAUAUAGAGACUCUAUUGCAAGUCAUUUCUUGCACUCUAACUUUUUCCAAGACAAAGAAAACCUGGAAGAAUUGGAAGAGACAGGUGAGAAUAGUUACUAUGGGGAGUUUGGGAGAAGAAGAUCUAGAAAAGCUUGUGAUCGAUUAUAUUGAGUCUUCGAUCAUCGUCCCCGGUCAUAUGGAGAAGUCUUCAACUGCUCUAGUAACCCUUCAGGAGAUACUUGGGUCGAAAGGAGAAAAGGAAAAGGAGAUGGAAGAGAAGGUUAAGUCGUUUAUCAGGAGAAGAAAAUUAUCAUACGAAGGAGACGAUGAGAAGAGAGAUGUGAUGAAAAGGAUUGUAUCUAAGUUCAGAUCUGAUGGUUACAAUGCUUCUAUCUAUAGAACCUCGUGGGAUUCUUCUUUUGAUCGCCGUAAAGGAUGUAGUAGAAUGUUUAGGUGUACGAGGAAGUACGAGUACAUUGAGGUCAUGGUGGCAAGUGAACAGGACGGUGAUGACGGAAGCAAGGAACGUCUGAUAAUUGAUCUUGAUUUCAAGUCUCAGUUUGAGUUAGUGAAGCAGACUGAAGGUUACAAAGACGUGACUCAGAUGCUUCCGACAGUGUUUGUGGCGACAGAGGAGAGACUCAAAAGAGUUGUUUCGUUGGUUUGUGGUGAGAUGAAAGAGUCCAUGAAGAAAGAAGGAAUGUCUAGACCUCCAUGGAGGACUACGAGAUACAUGUUAGCCAAGUGGCUACCUGAGAACCGUUUGACAGUCUCUGGUUCUAAGAAAGGAUCUUGGUCUAUGUUUGAUGAUGGUGAAGGAGGUGAAGCUGUUAAGACAACGAGUGGUAUUGGUUUGAAAACUACGUGUGGACAGUCAGAGAGAGUGCUCAAGAGCCAAACAAAAAAAGAAAGAGAAGAACGAUGAAGAAAUCAUCUCGGGCUCUUCAAUUCUGUAUCUGUUUUUAUUACUGAUA